ACAAUCAGCAAAAAGUUCGCUCUAUGAACGCAAAAAGAAAGAAAACAAACUGGGUACAAUGAGGUGACAUUAUUUUACCCAGCCUUCAACCAUUGGUCAUUAAAAGUAUAAAAAUGAAAUGUAUUAAAUAAAUAAAAAAUGUAAGUGUUAAAGCAAAAUACUUUUAACAUUCCAUGAAUAACUCCUUAAGAUCCUCCUUCUAUCCGCAGCAAUGUUACAGAUGUGUUAAAUAUAAUUAUAGGAAAAUGUGUCUUCUUAACAAUUACAUUUAACAGCUUGUGUGUGAAAACAAACCUGGAAAGAGACACGAGGAUUUGGGAAGGAUUAUUUGUAGCGCGGACUUAUGAUUUGAAAUUAUUUGUAAAGUUUUCCUUGUUAGGAAAAAGGUGGAUAGUAAUGAAAAAGGACAAAAAAAAAAAAGGAUACAUUGGAUUCUUUACAAUUGGCAUCUUAAAAUGUAAUGAAUUUAGUAAUUAAUGACUCUUAAUAUAAAAAGGAAAUACUCUCCAACAUCACAAUUUUAAGUGUGGGAAGUUGAUUAUAAUUAUGACUGCUGAAUUAUGUUAGUGCCUAUUACAGCUUUGCUGUUUUGUUAACUGAAUGAGCUAAUAUUACUGGUGUUGCUCAGGAGAUUGGACCCAUGGGUGCAUACAUGAUGCAUCAAGCGACGCACAGCCUUCAAACAAGCCCAAAUAACCACAAGGGAGUCAAUAAAGGAUCUCCAUCUGUUCCUCCACAAUACCGUACCACUCUCCCUGUGGACAAUUAACUUCACAUAAACCUACCACUCUCCCUGUGGACAAUUAACUUCACAUAAACCUACUUUGCACAGCACACACAUUAUUAAACACACACACACUCCCACAAGCACACAUAUAUACAACAACACAUAGAAAUUCAUUAUGCAUGGUUCUCUUGAUUGAAAACAUUUUCCUCCAAACACUGCAUGUGUUUCUGAGAAAAAAGAACUUUGACAAUGAUCUCCAGCGCAAGGUAAUCUGGGAGCAUGGACUGCACAGUUUGGGCCUAAUUUUAACAAGUGUCCCUUAAGACCGGCCUCUAUAAAAGCUUUGGAAAAAAGAACAUAGCUGAGCAUUCAAAUACAAGGAGGUUGGCAGAAGUGUCUCCAACGGAUGUAAUCACACUUAAAAACAGGACUGUCAAAACAACUCGCAAGUUUCUAAAGGCUAUGAAACCAGACGGAUUUCUUUGAGGCUCAGUUACCAGUAAGUGACUUUUUUUCUUUUAGAAAAUUGUAGGCAUACAAAUGGGUGUAGCCUCUUAAUGUAACAUUAUCACAUUAAAAUUAUAUUAGAAAUAAGGCAAAAUGUGUUUCAAAGUGGUACAACCAUACAUAAAAGAGAACUUAAGAAAAAUUAUUAACCAGGAUAAUGAAGGUGGCAAAUAACUUGUGUUUAAGCAAAAUAAAUGGUUAUGGUUUAUUAAUUUAAUUAGAUCGAGAAAAAAAACAAGAUUAAACAUUUUCCCAUCAUCUAGUUAAGACAAAAUCUACGCCAUAUAUAAUUUCAAAUAUUUUAGUUCAGAAUAGGCCAGACCAAUUCUGAUAUUGAGACCAACAAUAACUCUUAAAUAUUCUGCAAAGUUUAGGUCGUUCACCACAUGAGUGGUAAUGAAUCACUGGUGGCAGUCGGUGGUGGAAAUCCAAACCAGAAAGAGGCAGGUGAAUGAAUGCGAGCGGGCACAGGCCGCCCUGAGCAAAGUGACAGCCUGCUUCCAGCAAAUGGCCAACUCCUUGGAGAGCAACAUGGAUAGGAGCUUCCUUAGAGAGGAGCUGGAAGAAACCAGGACAGCAGCUCAUAAAAUAUUCUCAGGGCUUCACCGGAGGCUGCUAAGUCUGCUGACAGAAAUGGAGCAAGGACAAGAGGACAAAGAACAGGCUGAAUGACUUUGGGUGAUCUUCUUGUCCAGUUUGGAAAACUUCCAGCAGGACCUACAGAAGGUCAAAGUCUUGCGAGAGUCAUUCCCUCUGAUCCAGCACAAAGAGCGACAAGCCCUCAUCAACGCAGGUUAUGUGGGUGGAACUUCGGAAAUGGCAGCUCGGGCAGCCAUAGUGCAAACACCAUGGUUAUCAGUAGAGGAGACUGCAAGCCCAGACCUGAAGCAGCACAUAAUGGAGAUUAAUGUUCAGCUUGAAGAAAUGUUUCAAAGAGUUAAUAUUCCACUGUGGUCUAUUGAACCCACACAAAAAGCCUGGGUAGAAGACCAAGAAAGUAGGCAAGAAGAGGAUGAAAGCUUGGAAGACAUCAUGGAAGUGGAGGUGGUGUCUCAAAAUAAUACAUUAGGUUGUUGCAAUCACCACAACUGCAAAGUAGGCUGUCUACUAUGUCUGCUUAGCCAAGUUCUGACACUAGGUUAAAAGACAAGUUUUGAAAUUGAGACACUCUACAAUAGCUUUCCUGUCCAAUAACAUUGGUUACAAUAGUUGACCAUAAUACUCUGAAAACACAACAUAUAUCAAAAAGAGAAAGAAAACAAAUCCCUAACACUGUGCAUGAUUAGUUUUCUUUAUCCUAUAGUUUUGAUCUUUUUGGUCCGUCUCCU